AUGGGAACAUCGCAAGAGGUUGUCCUUAUUGCUGAGCUUGGCAACAGAUUUGGAGUUCCUAUCCUUUCACUGGCAAAUGAAGUCCCAGUUUGGGCCUCUUUACGUUGGCCUUUUCUGAUUAAUGCAGCUCGCAGCCAGCUUUUGCAGAUGAAAGCUAUAGCAGCUAUCGUUCAGAGUUGUCAAUGGCGGAGAGUGAACAUCAUUUAUGAGGACAAUAAAGCUGAAAGUAUCAUACCACAUCUCUUCACCGCUCUUCAAGAAGCAGAUGCAGAAAUCAAUGAAUUAUUGCCUUUACCCCCCGAACCUCCAUCCCUUUUCUUAUCUGAGAGACUGAUGUCUCUUAGAAACAGGCAGAGCCGGGUGUUCAUUGUUCAUACUAGCGCAACAUUGGCGAAAAGCAUAUUCAGAGAAGCGAAGAAAUUGGAAAUGAUGGAAGAAGAGUAUGUCUGGAUCACCACAGACUCCACAGCAAACUUUUUCGAUACAUUCAAUACUUCAAUCAUUUCAUCAAUGCAAGGUGCCUUGGGAGUCAAAAGCUACAUUGCCAAUUCAAGUAAAAGAAUUGCAGAUUUUCGCUCAAGAUUUCAGGUGAUGUUCAGGUCCCAAUUUCCUGAAGAGCAAUUUGCAGAGCCAGGGAUUUCUUCCUUGCAGGCCUAUGAUGCAAUGUGGGCUGUUGUUGUUGCAACUGAGGGAAGACCAAGUGCGAAAAGGCUCAGAAAUUCAACAAGUAAUACUCCUGUAGCUUCAAUGGGUGGAAGAAAUUUGUUGGCUAGAAUCUUAGCUUCUAAAUUUGAGGGAUUAACUGGUCCCAUAUAUUUUAAAAACGGCAUGUUGCAUCCUGCAGCUCGUAUCUUCAGCAUAGUCAAUGUUGUUGGGGUAAGUACUGAACUCGGGUAUUGGACUGAGGAACAUGGUUUCUCAAAAACUGUUGGUGCAAACAGCCAUUACAACAAGUCCAUAGGAGUUCUGAGACAGAUCAUUUGGCCAGGAGGACCAUGGUCAGUUCCUCGAGGAUGGGCAUCAGCAGCAGGGGGAAAGAGACUGCGAAUAGUAGUACCGUCAGGAAAUAAUCACAAAGAAUUUGUAAAUGUUUCAUAUGAUGGUCCUGGGGGUAGUAUAAGAGUUACAGGAUUCGUAAUUGAUGUCUUCAACGCCACUCUCGCUCGUUUGCCCUAUGCUUUGCCGUGUGAUUUCAUCGGCUAUGAUGGUCUCUAUGAAACCUUAGUUUAUCUAGUUUAUAAUCAGACUUUUGAUGCUGCAAUCGGAGACACGGCCAUUUUGGCCAACCGUAGCAAAUUUGCAGAGUUCUCUCAACCUUUCACCGAGCCAGGUAUCCAGAUGGUGGUGUACGAGAAUCCUAAGACAAUAAAUAAAGCUCGGUUGUUUAUGAAGCCAUUCACAGGAGCAUUAUGGAUCAGCAUCGCAGCCAUUACUGUGUAUAAUGGAUUUGUUGUAUCAAUGAUUGAACGGAAGAAAGAUAAUCCAGAUUUCAGAGGCUCUAGGCGGAAGCAAAUUGGAACCAUGCUUUCAACAUCUUUCAUUACACUUUUUUCACUUAAGGGCGAAGGAUUGCAUAGCAAUUUGUCUCGGAUGGUGAUGGUUGCAUGGCUUUUUCUAGCCUUGGUCACUAAUCAAACUUUCACAGCUAAUUUAUCGUCCUUGAUCACCCUUCAACAAAUAUCGUAUGAGAGUCUUGUCACUAUCGAUACACUUCGGAUGAGCAAUGCAAAAGUAGGGUGUGAUGCAGACUCCUUUGUAGGGGCAUAUUUGAGGAAUGUCUUCAAAAUUCAAGAUGAAAAUAUUGUAGGAAUACGAAACGAGGAAGAAUAUGCUACAGCUCUUGUCAAUGGAAGUAUAGGGGCUGCAUUCCUUGAAAUUCCAUACAUCAAGGCUUUCAUGGCUAAACAUUGCAAGGGCUUCACUGCUUCAGGACCGAUAUAUAAAGUUGGAGGUUUUGGAUUUGUUUUCCCAAAGAAUUCCCCAUAUAUUCCUGACAUUUCCCAAGCUGUCGUCAAUAUAUCAGAGACGCUCAUGGACAUGCUUCAAAUUUCUUUGAACAACUCCAAGUGCUCAGCUUCAAAGUCUGAUCAUGCAAGCAUUGGAAUUGCUCCCUUCAUCGGACCAUUUCUGGUUACAUUUGGAACUUCCUCACUUGCUCUUUUUAUUUUUUAUUGCCUUCCAUGCAUUCCCCGCUUUAGACAGCAUCAGCAACCAGAAGUGCAACAGUUGCAGCAGCACGAUCCCAGGAUUGAUGAACAAAUUCUAUUUGCUUCGGAAAUGGAAAACCAAGCUGGCUGGCAAUAA